AGAUACCUGCCCCAAAAAGUAGGAAAAAGAAAGCCAAGAGAGAUGUGGAGAGUGUGGAGGAACCUGAUGAUGCUGGAAUGGAAAUGGGAGGACUGGCCAGUCGCAGAGAGUCCGCAAUUCCUGAACCUUUGACCCCGGAGCCGCUAGACAAUCCACCACAGAGGAGGAAAAAGAAAAAGAAAGCACAGGCCAUCGAUGUGGAGGGAGAUCAGACUGACCUGGUUUCAAAUGGAGAUAUAAUGGAUCAGAACACUGAUGAAGAGGUCACACGGAAACCAAAAAAGAGGAAAGUGAAGCCUAAAGUGACAGAUACACAGUUCAACAAUGAACUGGAUGUGGAGGAUGAUGACAUCAUCACAGACCCCCAGGCGCCGGUGCCUCCACAUUCCUUGUUCUCUGCUCCCCAAGGGCAGAGCCAGCCUGUGGGGAAGGUGUUCGUAGAGAAGAGCCGUCGUAUUCAAGCAGCUGAGCGAGUGGACCAAUGGAAGGCCAGCAGCCAGAUGGAGCAGAGCUUUAUAGACAUUCAUUCAAUGUGGACCACUAGAGAUGUUUCUAUGAGAGUACACAGCGGCUUCAGGGUUAUCGGCCUGUUUUCUCAUGGCUUCCUGGCUGGUUAUGCUGUGUGGAACAUCAUCGUGGUCUACGCAUUGGCUGGUGAACAGAUGAGAACGCUUUCAAACCUACUUCAGCAAUAUCAUACACUGGCCUACCCCGCACAGUCCCUGCUCUACCUGCUCCUGGCCCUCAGCACUGUCUCUGCCUUUGACAGGUUGAAUCUGGCCAAAGCUCCUGCGGCCAUGCGGAGUUUACUAACCCUGAAUCCGGUGGCACUUGCUUCCCUCUUGUAUUUCUCUGCCCUCGUUUUAUCGUUAAGCCAGCAGAUGACUAGCGAUCGCAUCAAUCUCUAUAAUCAACCCUCAAGCUCAAAUCUGACACUGUGGCAGCUGGACUCAGAGCGGACCAUCCUGUACCCCUGGAUCAUAGUGAACCUUGUGGUCUCUUUGCUGGUCGGGCUGGCUUGGGUUCUGGUGUCAACAUGCCCAGAUAUUGACCACACAGAAGAGUUUUUAAUGUCAAUGGAAGUGGACUGUCCAAAAGUUGAGAAGGAAGGAAACAUCACCGCUCAAGACAUCUGAAUGCAUUUUUAUUUAUUUUUUUACUCCAUUUUGAUAGUUGUUGUAGACUUGUCAUUGUACAUA